UUGCCGGCCGAUUUCUCAUACUACUGUUGGCCUGUGAAUUUUUCAUACGGAGUCGCAGGAACCGGAUACUAAUAUUUGUUGAUGCUUCCAUAUUCCUUCUUUCAUUCUUUCUUCCCCAUUCCUGUAGUGCGAGUGGACGCCUCAAGAUGACCAACCCAAAAGGAUACCGUCGUGGUACCAGAGACUUGUUCUCUAGGAAAUUCAGGACCAAGGGUGUUAUCCCCUUGUCCACGUAUAUGAAAGUAUACAAAGUUGGAGAUAUCGUUGAUGUCAAGGGUAAUGGUGCUGUCCAGAAGGGUAUGCCACACAAAUCCUAUCAUGGCCGAACUGGUCGUGUGUUCAACGUUAGCAGACACGCUCUUGGUGUGAUUGUCAACAAGAGGGUUCGUGGUCGCAUUAUCCCUAAGAGGAUCAACCUCCGUAUUGAGCACGUCAAACACUCAAAGUGCAGAGAGGACUUCCUUACCCGUGUUAAGGAAAACGAGCGUCUGAGGAAAGCAGCGCGCACCAGCGGUCAGGCGGCUACCCUGAAGAGAAUACCAAAGGGACCCAGGCCUGCUCACAUUGUUAAGGGAACAGAGCUGAUUCAGCUUGCCCCAAUUCCCUACGAAUUUGUUGCUUAAGAAGGAUUAAAAUUAUUCACAAAACUCA